CUUCUGGUCAUCCCAAGUUACUAGUAGUAUUUUCCAACAGAGAGGCAGAGUUGCAGAACUGUAAUUUUGUAAGGAACCACAUGGAAGCCACCUCAGAACAAGACGGAGGUGGCAGCGGCGCCGGCGACUACGAAGCUCUCGUGGCAGCCCUGAUGGCCAACAGGCAACUGCUGGAAGCCAAGGUCGGCAUCAACAACGCAAUGUUCGCCGCCAGCGAUCUGGCUACGUCGCAGCUCGGCGAUUCCUUCGUCGUCGGCGGGUGCGAAGGGCAGAAGACCAUCGACGGCGAGCAGAUGCCACUGGUCCUGGGCCCGGCAAGGGAAGGCGCUGGCGAAGACGGCGGCACUGGGUACGAGGCGCUCGUGGCCGCUGUGAGGGCCAAGAGAGAAUGGCUGGAGGACAAGGUGGUGACCAACAGCGCCGUUCUGCUGCGGGGCUUCGAUGUCCGCGACGCGGCGGAGUUCGACGCCGUCGUGGAGGCGCUUGGGUGGCCGGACAUCCGGUACGUCGGCCCCGCGCCGCGCACCCACGUUCACGGCCGAAUCUGGACCGCCAACGAGGGGCCCCUCGAGCAGAGCGUCUACUUCCACCAUGAGAUGGUGCUGAUCAAGGAGUUCCCGGCGAAGGUGAUACUGUUCUGUGAGGUGCCGCCGCCGGAGGGCGGAGAGACGCCGUUCGUGCCGAGCUUCCGGGUGACGGAGCGGGCGCUGGAGGAGUUCCCGGAGAUGGUGGAGGAGCUGGACGCCAAGGGGCUCCGGUACACGUUCACGGCGCCGAGCAACAACAACACCGGGUCCAUGAGAGGGAGGGGAUGGGAGGACGCUUUCGGCACGUCAGACAAGUCUGAAGCAGAGACGAGGGCAAAGGCACUAGGAAUGGGCGUGGAGUGGCUUGAGGACGGUGGCGUGAAGACGAUCCUGGGUCCACGCACGCUGACCCGCGUCUUCCCAGGGCGCAAGGGACGGAGGAUGUGGUUCAACACGUUGGUCGGGAUGCACGGCAAGGAACUGAGCUCGGCCACGGUGGCCGACGGGGCCGAGAUCCCGGCGAGCUUCGUGCAACGGUGCGAGGAGAUCAUCGAGGAGGAGAGCAUCCAGUUCCGUUGGCGCAAGGGCGACAUCGUCAUCCUCGACAACCUCGCCACGCUACACGGCCGGCGGCCGUCGCUGCCGCCUAGGCGGGUUCUCGUCGCAACUUGCAAGUGACGCACCGAUGAGUUCUUUUUAUUUAUUGAUCAGAACACUCCCACAUCUGCCAUGUGGCGCAUCCAAUAGCUUAUCAGCGUAUGGCAUUCGAAUCAGUACAACACGAUUUAACUGGGUCGCGUCUAGUAUCUCGCCCCAUGUAAAAGCGCAGUUGAACCUUUCCCACACAUCGGAGCUCCCCCUCGUUGAACCCUCACGGCUCACGCCACCUAGGACUAGAUCACAUCGACAAGAAUAGUCAUUUCAGAUGAAGAAGAGCUUGAACUCAUCAUGAA